GAAGCCGAAAUUUGAUUGCUAACAUCAUUCGUGUAAUGUCACACGUUUAUUUUUAUCGUCGUCUUUUUUCAGCAGCAGCAGCAGCAUGCACUAACUUCAUCUGGUCAUUUCAUUUCAUUCAUUUGACGUUGCACUCAUGGUUUACUUUGAACGUGAAACGAAAUACGAUAUUGUAAAUAAAGUUUGUGUGAUAUUCUAAGGUAUGGCUUCGAAUAAUAAACCAACAGCAUCAUCAUUGUUCAAGGCAGGCAUGCAGAUACCAACGCAGAUUAAACGUGAACCAUUGCCAGCCGACAGUAAAUUGUAUACAACCGAACGUUUAUCAUCAUUUCGUCUACCACGCGAUUUAACUCUGGGCGGUGUGCCAUUAAAAACUCCAAUUGCUCGACCGAAUUUAUUACAAGCCAAUAAAAAAGUCUAUACUCCAAAUUUAAAUGCGAUUAGAAAUAAAAAUGCCGAUGUGAAAACGUCAAGGGAUACAUCCAUUUCAAAUGCUCGGGGCAGAGGAAGAGGACGUGGUGGCCAAACGGAACGUGGGGGCCGAACGGAACGUGGAAGGGGCGGUGGGCCUGGGACACACAAGCCUCGGAAUUCAGUUGUAGCGUCAUCAGGUCUUUUUUCCGAAGGAGCUGGUGAUGGUGUAACCAAGCAUUUAUUUCGUAGUUUUCGAAGUGCUGAUGACUCAACAGCGUCCACUCUGCGUCGACCGACACUUUCAAAGAAACGCGAGAAAUUCGAUCCACAGGCUGAACAAAAGCACAUUGCGGAAAUUUAUGAUUUGGACGUAGACGAUAUUGAUGAUCCAUCCGGAGGAGGCGGAGCAGGAGCUUCAGCUAACGAUCAAAAUUCACCAAUUAUUUUGAGUCAAGUGAAAAGUGAAGUGAAGCUCGAACAACGGAUUAAUAGUAUGGAAAUUAAAGAGGAAAAUAAUGACACAUCCAAUACUAGACUGAAAUAUCCGCGUAAUAUAGGCGAAUUUUUAGAUAGGAAUACCCCACAACUCUUCCUUAUGCAGCUACCAGAUGCGCUACCGGGUCAUGGAACUGAGCCGGAGCCAGCCGAUAGCGCUGAAUCACAAGAGUCGAGUCAACUGCAGGACAAUUUGUGUACGAUGCGAAAUUUAGAGGAGGGCCAAAUUGGUCGCCUAGUGCGAUAUCGUUCAGGGAAAACAAAGCUUCUAUUAGGCGAUUCCAAAUUUGACAUUGAUUUGGGAAUCGAUCCGAAUCUAAUGCAAGAAGUGGUAUCAACUCAAAUAAAUAAGUCUGAACGAAGCGGAAGCGUGAUAAAUUUGGGACAAAUUAAUGCUAAACUAAGUGCCGUACCGGACUGGGAAUUCAUUUUAAACAAUAUCGUCGAUAAAAAAUCAUAGCAUCCGUGCGUAUCUCGGGUGUGCGUGAUUCAAUUGCAAGUUAUAUUGAUGUGUUUAUUUCUCGAUCUGCGACGAUGUGAGGUUGCAUGAACGAUGAUUUAUAUAAAUAGGAAUUAAAAUAAAUUAAACGAGAUAUGUUCUUUUUCAAUUUUGUUAAUAUAAACGAAUUAUCAAUUUCGAAUGCAACAACAACAACAAAACAA